AUGACAAUCGACGGCGACACCCCGGACAGUGCUGCCACGACCCUUCGACCAAGUUCCGAGAUCGACGAGGCAAAAUAUGCAGACUUCGAACUGGAACGGCUGGAGCAGCGAGUAAGGCUUCGACGGAAAAGCAUCGACAGCGAACACACUCUUCCGUCCGACGACGACGAAUAUGCACAUGGCGACCAACAGCGUCUCCUUGCCCACGAUCCCUCCACUGAGACCUCCAAUCUCAUACCCGAAGAUGGCGAACCUCCUCCAGCAUCGUCAGCAGCCCAAAAAGUCUCCUGGUCAUCACUCCCUCAGAAAUCCCAGCUCCUCAUCCUGACACUCUCCCGUCUCUCCGAGCCUUUGACUCAGACUUCCCUUCAGGCCUACAUGUUCUACCAACUGAAGUCGUUCACCCUUCCCGAUGGCUCCACUCCGUCCGACAGCACUGUAGCCUCACAAGCAGGUAUGCUUGCGGCUGCUUUCACCGGCGCUCAAUUCUGCACCGCUAUUCUCUGGGGCCGACUCGCAGAUUGGGAAGGCCUGGGAAGGAAGAGGGUCAUCUUGAUCGGUCUUUUGGGCACAGCGGUGGGAAGUCUUGGCUUCGGCUUCAGCGGCAGCUUCUGGACGGCGAUGGCAUGGCGGGCGCUGGGUGGGAUUCUCAAUGGAAAUGUUGGAGUUAUGAGGACGAUGAUCUCCGAGAUUGUGAGGGAGAAGAAAUUCCAGAGUCGAGCGUUCCUGUUGAUGCCGAUGACUUUCAACAUCGGAGUCAUUAUCGGGCCGCUGCUGGGUGGACUGCUGGCGGAUCCAGUUGGAAGCUAUCCAGGACUUUUUGCGCCCGGUGGAAAAUUCGGCGGGAAGGAUGGAGUGUGGUUGUUUGUCAGAUUCCCUUAUGCGCUGCCGAAUCUGAUCAAUGCGACUUUCCUGCUCGGUAGUGCAUUGUGUGUUCUCUUUGGGCUAGAGGAGACGCUGGUAUCGAUCCGGCACAAGCCCGACUACCCGCUGAGAUUUUCAAGAUGGCUGAUCAGGAUCGUGUUCCGACGGCAACCGCGCCAAACUUACACUGCCAUCGCCGAACAAGACUUCGCUCCAACGGACAUCGAGCUCAACGCACCCUCCUCCCCAACACCGCUCAAGCCUCGACAGAAGCUCCCCUUCCGCCGGAUCUGGACAUCGAACCUCCUCCUCACACUCCUGUCCCACGGGAUCCUAGCCGGACACGUCGGUACCUUUUCCAACCUACUCUUCGUCUUCCUCUCGACACCGCGGUACAAUCCAUCGGAAUCGCCAACCAAGAACACCCUCCCUCUACCACCCAACUAUCGACCCGACGCUCCAUUCACCUUCACCGGCGGUCUCGCCCUCCCACCGCCUUCCAUCGGCGCCGCUCUCUCCAUUAUCGGCGUCAUCGGCAUCUCCCUCCAACUCCUUCUCUACCCCACCAUGUCUUUCCGUCUCGGCACGACUCGCUCCUACCGCUACUCCCUCAUGCUCUUCCCCGUCUCCUGCACGCUGGUACCCUACCUCGCCACCAUCCCUUCCUCGAACGCUCCGCCCGCUCAAGCUUCCGGCGUGCUAGUCUGGAUGGCCAUCGCCGUUGUGCUUGCGAUACAAGUCAUGGCGAGGACGUUCGCUUUGCCGAGUACGGCUAUCCUGGUUAAUAAUGCGAGUCCGCAUCCGAGUGUGCUGGGCACGGUGCAUGGAAUUGGGCAGAGUGUAAGUUCGUUAACGAGGACUCUCGGACCGGUGGCGGCGGGGUGGUUGUAUGGUGUGGGUUUAAGGAAGGGUGUGGUUGGGUUGGCGUGGUGGGUUAUGGCGUGCGUUGCGGUGCUUGGAACUAUGGCGGGAAGGUGGGUCAAAGAGGGAGACGGGCAUGAGAUUUUGUUAGAGGGAGAAGAGGAGAAGGGAUGA